GUGGUUAGUUGUCUGACCGAGUUCCAUUGAGAGCGAGGAUCACAUCACAGGGGGCGAAUGAAGAGGGGCGUAAAUAAAAACAAACAUAAUUCAACCACAAUAUCCCGGUCUUUAGGUGUGGGUUCUUGACGAUUAAACUAAGAGUUGGUUAUUUUGCUGAUAUUUUCCUGUUGGGAAACUGUCGGCUAAGGAUUUAAUCUCAGAUUGCGGCUGGUCUGAAACAAAGGGGUCGGGGACUCCGGAGUGUUGCAGUGUUCAGUGGUAAAAGCAGGUUGAAAGGGUGGACCGUGGGCACGACUCACUACUGGCAAGAUGGAACGGGAGGGGCAGUGGUGGAAGAGCCAGCUCGCUGCAGACAUCCACCAGUCUUUACGAAUAAAGGAGCUGAAGUUGCCCACCUACAAGUCCCACUCUCCUCAGAUAGGGAUGCGGCGUUACUUUGCUGACCUGCUGGCUGUCCUCAGUAACCGCUACCAGCUGUGCCCAGCGGCUCGCCACCUGGCCGUCUACCUCCUGGAUUUGUUCAUGGACCACUACGACGUGGCAGUCCGCCAGCUCUACAUCAUUGCCCUCUCCUGCCUCCUCCUAGCCAGUAAGUUUGAAGAGAAGGAGGACCGUGUACCAAAGCUGGAGCAGCUAAACUCUCUGGGCUUCAUGUGUAGCCUGAACCUGUCACUGAGCAGGAAGGACCUGGUAAAGAUGGAGCUGCUCCUCUUAGAGACGUUUGGCUGGAACUUGUGUAUGCCCACGCCUGCACACUUCAUAGACUACUACCUCCAUGCCGCUGUACAGGAGGGAGAACUGCACAACGGCUGGCCCCUCUCCUCCCUCAGUAAGACCAAAGCCUUCAUGGACAAGUACACACACUACUUCCUGGAAGUCUCACUGCAAGACCAUGCCUUCCUCGGCUUCCGACCGUCCCAGGUGGCGGCAGCCUGCAUUGCGGCGUCCCGCAUCUGUCUCCAGAUCACCCCAAGCUGGACCACCGUUCUCCACCUGCUCACCGGAUACUCCUGGGAGCCCCUCACCCCCUGCAUCGAGCUCAUGCUGCUUGCCCAUGAAAAGGAUGUGAAACAAGCCAACAAAUCCAAGUCCAACUCUCCGUCUGUCCAGAGUCCUCUCCAACCCCAGGCCCUUCCCUCAACCUCCACAGUCUCUGUCUCCACCAUGAAACAGCCCUUGUCUACCUCUCAGCAGCUGCUCUUCCAGACAGGUGGAUACCAGCAGCAGCUCACCCAGCACUCUACUCCCCUUUCCCAGCUGCACAUGCUAGGUGAGUCUCCGACUCUGGGCCCUGUUGGGUCUCGCGACUACCUCCAGGCCCACCAGAGAGGGCUCCUCUCAGGGUCGGUUUCUCAGGGAGUCUUCCCCUCCUACCCCAGCUUAGCCUCAGGGCUGCGCUCCUCCCUGCCCCUGCAGGGACCCAUCUCCAUGCAAGUGUCUCUUGCUGCAGAGCCCCGUCACUGCCUCCCCCUGUCGUACGGGGGAGGCUACCUGGGCUCCCAUCACACCUACACAGCGGGCUGCUUCGACAGGUGACGCCAGGAGAGGGAGGACAAACAGAACCUGGGGCAGUCAGUGUCCUCCUCCAUCCGUUCUGACCUCAUCCACUGGGGACAAAGGAAACCAAAACAAAGAAGCAAUGUCAAUGCAGAUGUUGCUGAGGUCAUAAUAUUGACCUAACAAAAGCCCUACCUAUUUGAAAUUAGACACUUUGUGAUGAGCUGAUUACAUACAGUACAUACUGUUCCCUCCACGUGACUGCUUGCUCUAUACUGAGAUUGUGAGGCUGGUUUAGCCACUGUGAUUCUGCUAUCAACUGUGGUUGUGUGGAGCCCCUGCUUCCAAAUCAGUUCUCUCAAUGUGGGACUGCUGUUUUUUUUUAUAUACUAUUAUCUUUCAAUGCUGCUGCUUUAAACAAAAUUAUGACUUUAUGAUCAGUGAAAAGUGGUCUGUCCUUGGUAUUAUUUACAUGAACUAUAUCAUUUCAGGGUUUGAAGUAUUACUUGAAAGAAUAUGUAUUUAAACAGCUGUGUAAAUGAAUUUAUUUUUUGAUGUUGUGUUUUCGUUCUUUUUUCUACUGGGUAAAAACAGUGUGUAUUGUAAGGUAGGCGAUGCCUUGCUAUGAUUUCUGGUCCAUCUUUGGCCUUGGCUGGUGUAGAGUAGUCUCAAUCUUGUUUUGCCUUUCUGGUGCCUCUGGAAGCAGAUGGAGCCAUGGUUCCCAGGGGAACAGCCACAUCCAUCCUCUCAGCACAUCAAACCACAGGGGAAGAAGUGAUGCUUUACUAGCUAGUCCCCAGGGGGGCAAAGCCAUGCUUUCUCCUCAGUUAAUGUAAAUUCUCCUGACUGGUACCAUUUCAUCUGUAUGUCUGACUGAAACCCAGGACAGUCACACAACCCUCACUGGAACAGCUACUGUUGCUGUCCUUGUCACAAGGACCUUGAGCAGUUAAUGACACCAGGAUCACGUUGGGAAGGCUUAUAUAGCUUGUAGUUCAGUACCGCUGACAUUCUCAUCUGGUCAUACUCCUACUGAUGUCCUACCUCACUCUCCAGGGGGGUUGCUAUUUGUGUAGUUUUACUGUAAUUUACUGUACCUGUAAAAUGGACCAUGCUUGAUCAGAUGUAAAGAGUGCCACCAAACAUUUAUCCUAAAUUAGCUAAAGUAUAGUUGACCUUUAAAGCUGGGACCCUUAAGGGUGAAACUGCCACGUCUGUUUUGUGAAAAUACAACAAAGAAGUUACUGCAAACAACAACCCCCCCACCGGACACCAUUGCACGUGCGAUAGAACAGCUGCAUAAAGUGCAUUCGGAAAGUAUUCACACCCCUUGACUUUGUCCACAUUUUGUUACGUUAGUCUUAUUCUAAAAUGUAUUGAAAAAUAAAUUGAUCUAUACACAAUCUGCACACACAGUGAGGCAAAGACUUUUGGAGGAUAGCCUGGUGUCAAGAAGGGCAGCAAAGAAGCCACUUCUCUCCAGGAAAACAUCAGGGAAGGACUAAUAUUCUGCAAAUGGUACAGGGAUUGGACUGCUGAGGACUGGGGUAAAGUAAUUUUCUCUGAUGAAUCCCCUUUCCGAUUGUUUGGGGCAUCCGGAUAAAAGCUUGUCUGGAGAAGACAAGGUGAACGCUACCAUCAGUCCUGUGUCAUGCCAACAGUAAAGCAUCCUGAGACCAUUCAUGUGUGGGAUUGAUUCUCAGCCAAGAGAGUGGGCUCACUCACAAUUUUGCUGAAGAACACAGCCAUGAAUAAAGAAUGUUACCAACACAUCCUCCGAAAGCAACUUCUCCCAACCAUCCAGGAACAGUUUGGUGACGAACAAUACCUUUUCCAACAUGAUGGAGCACCUUGCCAUAAGGCAAAAGUGAUAACUAAGUGGCUCGGGGAACAAAACAUCGAUAUUUUGGGUCCAUGGCCUGGAAACUCCACAGAUUUUAAUCCCAUUGAGAACUUGUGGUCAAUUCUCAAGAGGAGGGUGGACAAACAAAAACCCACAAAUUCUGACAAACUCCAAGCAUUGAUUAUGCAAGAAUGGGCUGCCAUGUGGCCCAGAAGUUAAUUGACAGCAUGCCAGGGUGGAUUGCAGAGGUCUUGAAAAAGAAGGGUCAACACUGCAAAUAUUGACUCUUUGCAUCAAUUUCAUGUAAUUGUCAAUAAAAGCCUUUGGCACUAAUGAAAUGCUUGUAAUUAUACUUCAGUAUUCCAUAGUAACUGUCUGACAAAAAUAUCUGAAGACACUGAAGCAGCAAACUUUGUGAAUAUUAAGAUUUGUGUCAUUCUCGAAACUUUUGGCCACGACUGUAUGACUCAGGCUUAUAUGGAAUAUGAGCUUGAUGUCUGUGUCAUGAGUCAUGAUGCUGCCUUGACGUCUAAAUCCAGGCUGGCCAGACAUGCUGUUACCGAUGGCCAAGUACAUGUGGGUCCAGUACCCGGAAUAGCUCGGGUUUGAUGGAGUAAUUAAAUAUUUUCCACUGAUCACAUCCUAACCACGAUGCCUAUCUGCUUCCCCUACUGCUUACAGAGGGCAUGAAGAGGCCAUGGCCCUGUAGUCUACUGGGUGUCCGAUAACAAAACCAUCCUCUUGCAUACCUUAACGUUUACCUACCUCAAUAUGUAGUGAUACCUAUGUUUAUUAUUUGCUACUUUUUUCAUUAUAUCAAAUGUGUGUACAUUUAGCUGACUUUAAUAUUUGACGUACACAUUUAAUAAUUUUUUUGUCCAGUUCUUUUUUUUUUCUCCGAACCGUUUUUGUCCCCUCACAGUAUCUGCACAUGUGCACGGGUUUGCUUCAUACUGUUACAGCGUGGUAGCUACGGGACCAAAACAGCAGAGAAGUUGAGCCUUGUUCUUCAACGCUCCUAGUAGUCGCGGGGAAUGUAUCCACUAUGCUGUUUACGUCAUAUCACUGACUCUACCUGUAACUUUUUUGUUGUUUUAUGUUGGAAUAUAUGAAGAGCUCAAUGCACCAUCAAAGACCAAUCGAUCUUGUGUGAUAUGUAGGCUACUGAUUGGUCAUUUUAGUUUAGACUACUUUCAAUCACACCGCCAUCUUAUUGAGUUUUAAAGCACACUUUUUUUUUGUUGAAAAUGCUUUGUAGUACUUGUGUUAACUGCUUGGAAAGGCAGUGGAUUUCUUUACCUGAAUGAAAAUGUUGCACAUUGCAACCACCUAGAAGCAUCAACUCUUGAAAUCCAAAUGGACCAACUCCAUCUACCCUGAUGGAUCAACAACAGCUAUGUGCAGGAGAAGCACAUAUUGGGGAAGGGGAAUCGGUGUUUGCUCUGUCAAAUGAGUUGCAAAUAAAACGGUUUACAA